CCAGUUCCUUCGUCUCCGCUCGAGGUCUGUCAGCCUCCCACGACGCAUUCCCAAGAUCCCAUGGCAGGUCUGUAUAUGCAGAUGAGCACCCUCAAUAUGGGCCCCGUGAACUCCAAUACAGCACCCCAGCCCUUUGUGAGGAUCUUGGAUGACGAUGCCCCUCGUCCUCCGCCUCCCAUUCGUGCUUCUGGGACGCCGCUUGAAGUCAUCACAUAUUGCCCAGAAGCGAGGGCAGUGGAUUAUUCGCUUUACUGGUAUCGCUUGCCGGACAAUCCGGACUUCUUGAUCUGUACAAAAUGUCAUGCCGAUCACAUUCGAACUACACCGCUGGCAGACAAAUUUGAGAAGAUCAAGCGGCCUGAUCACUUUUACUCGUCUUGUUGCUUCUGGGUUCCAAGGGUCAAGGAAGUCAUUUGGCCAGAGACUGUUCGAACCAGCAAUCUGGAUGCACUGCGUGCAUUCAUGGAAAAGCGUCUCAAUGUGAAGACAUGCAAAGGGCGUGACCCUACUCCCGCUUCGGAUGGUAUCAAAUGGUUCGGUAUGGCAGCCAGUGAGGUCAAUGGCUUCAUCUCGUGCGAGACCUGUUAUGAAGACCGGAUAGUAGGCACAGCAUUUGAGAGCAGGUUCUCUCCAUAUCGAGAACAGCCGGGCGGCGAGAACUGGUCUUGCGACCUCGCCGUGCCAUACAUCUCUCGAGCCGUUGUGAAGCUAGCCAAGCGGAACGACUGGGCUGCCUUUGUUGCUGAGGCGGCUCGCCGUCUCUCAUUGCCUAAAUGCGAGGGACAGGAGAUCCAGUCAAACAGCUGCAACUGGUACAUGCCACGCCGCCAGAUCGAGAACAUGAGAGCUUGCGAGGCAUGCUAUCUAGAUCGAGCUGGUAUGACACGGUUUGAGAACGAGUUCGAGAAGUACAAUAUGGGUACAGGUUUUGACGCCUACUUCGAACACAUGACCCAGAUAUGGUCAUGCAAACUGUGCGACUCCAAGUACUUCAACCUGGUAUGGGCUAUGGAGAAUGCCAUUGAUCAACGCAACUUCUCCGUCUUUGCCAGCUCGGCAGAGGUCGCCUGUCGACUCCCGCCCUGCACGGUGCACGGUAUUAUCCGCGGCAAUUGGUGGACGAUCCAGGGAGGAUGCGAUAAUUUUGACGUGUGUGAGAGCUGUUAUGUUUCAAUAGUCAAGACGUGCGGCGUCAGCCAGUUUUUUGAGCCUGCAAAGCGCGAUCCCGAGGCAACGCUCGUCUGCGAUUUCUGCGUUGCUAGCCCUCGAUUCCGCCAAUACCUCAGAAAGUUUGCCCAGUCACUGGAUCAGGGAGUCUUCAGUUACUACAUCGACUAUGUUCGGACCUUUGCCUCAGUUCCAGUUUGUCCCGGCCUGAAGACCGUUGAAAAGGGCAACUGGUGGGGAUAUCCUAAUGCUCUGUUCUGCCAGGACUGCUAUCUGAGCUUCGUCAUGGACACAAAACUGGGCAGCUUUGUCACUCUCAAGAAAGUGUAUGAUGAACGUGCCCAAAUCUGCCAGAUAUGGUCGUCGCGGAUGCGCACCAUGUGGCUCCAGGUAUGCGAUGCUGGUCCCCCCGGAUCACCCGAGUCAGAUGCCAAACUGGCCGAGUUUGUCGAAUUUGCGGCGAAGAGAUUGGAGACAUACACGCAAACCGUUCCUCAGAUGCAAUUCAUCCGCGAUAUGAAGCGUCUGAAGAUGCAAAACGCCAUGCAUCAGGGACUUUUGAGCGUCAUGUACAACGGCAUGGAUGGACUCGCGUCUGUGUCUGGCGCCGUGGAUGGGCACCUUCACGGCAACAGUCAGCUAGGCUGGUAUGCCACUGAGCAGGGAGCGCAGGGCGCGCAAAUGUUUAACAACAUGCAGGCUGGCUUCGCAAAUGCGAAUCGGAUGGACGAAUGGAUGCAAAUGUUCCAGCUGGAGAUGAUAUGGAAGGAGGUUGAGUAAGGUAAAUGGUUGACGCUGGAGUG